GCGAGAAUGACGGCUUGUGGUACCAUUGUCGAGGGUUCUUUGGAUGUCCGAAGCCAUCGAUAUAUACACCCUUUUCGCUUCGGCUCCAGGUUUUCUGGUUUCUACACUAGUACGUGAGAAGCCUUUCAUACCGUUUUGUUAGAGUUGAGGUCCGACUCGCUACCGAUUUCAAAUCCCCACGGGUUCGCUUUCACGCUUUCCCUCUUUUGGGCUCAUUGUUAGUGCAAGGCCCGUCACACUUACAGAUUUAAAAUCCAUAUUGCUCCAUCCAGGCCCUGCUCCAACUCCAGUGACUGGAUUAAAUGGAGUCAGCUUGAUUUGUGAGCGCCUGCGUACGCAACUGCAUGCCACCGAUCAUCGUCCGUUCCCCGCAUCCGCGCUCGCAUCAACCUGACAUUGGGACCACAAGUACCACCGCGGAACCUCUUUUUAUCUGCUGCCCGGGGGUUUUUCGUGUUCUCUUUGCCAGCUCCUCCCGUCUUCUCUUCUACACGCAUUAUUUUCCAUCGCUCGCUCAAUCCACCUUUACGAGCCGCAACCUACCGGAAAAUGGCCCUACGGCGAGCUGCCCGCGUCAUCCUUGUUGGCGCGCCUGGUGUCGGAAAGGGAACACAGUCGGAACGCCUUCUCCGGCGGUUUCCUCAACUGUCCUCCAUCAGUUCGGGAGAUCUGCUUCGAUACAAUGUCCAGCAACGGACUCCUCUCGGUAUCAAAGUGGAGAGUGUCAUGAAGUCCGGCGGUUUGGUAUCAGAUGACAUUAUCCUCCGCCUCAUUAGCAACGAGCUCACCCAGCGCGGAUGGCUUAAUUCGGCUCACCCUGCCGGCAACGUCCUGACGCUUGCUUCCUCGGCCCUCAGCGCCGAGGGGGCACAUUCUUUCCAAGACGAUGCUGAAGUUGCAGCGUUCCUCUCCUCGCCAGCGCAAGCCCGUGGUUUCAUGCAGUCUCAGCUUUCCAAUGACCCCGCUCAUUCUUUUCUGCUGGACGGUUUCCCGCGCACGGCAACCCAGGCUAAGCGUCUGGAUGAGAUCGUUCCCAUCAACCUGGUCGUUUCCCUUAAGACGCCCGUCGAAGUUAUCCUUGAGCGCAUCUCCGGACGCUGGGUCCACGAACCGUCAGGCCGGGUUUACAACACCACAUUCAACGCACCCAAGGUCCCUGGUAUCGAUGACGUUACCGGCGAGCCCUUGGUCCGCAGGGCGGAUGACGACGAGAAGGUUUAUCUUGCAAGAUACAAGAAGUUCCAGGAAACAGCCGAGCCUCUCCUGGAACAUUAUGCGCGCCAGGGCGUUCUUUGGGAGGUCGAGGGCAUGAGCAGCGACGAGAUCACACCAAAGCUCAUCAGCGAAUUUGAGCGCCACUUCGUUGAGUAGAACGGGCUUUGACCAUGACAUUUGGAACCCCGACAUCGUAUCGGGAAACGAUAAUCGGCUGAGUUGAUGACAAGGGGGUUACUUGGGGCUUGUUAAAUGGCGUUUUGGCAUCGGGUUUGGGUGAUUUAUUGAGAGUCUUUUGGCUUUCAAGCAGGCGUUUUUGGGAGAACGGGUGGAACAUUUGUUUUGUAUACCACAUCAGCGAAGAAGCGACAUGCAGGCGGUUAAGUGUUGCGAACAUGUGGAUGGUCUCUUCAUGUUAUUCACGAAAAAUCAUUGCCGCUCAAAAAAGCGCCAUGAAAAUCGGGACUUCAUCUCCCUUGAAUAAAAUCUCCAGCGACAGCUUCUUGAACCUCAUUUACGACAGCGUCAGGUUCUACUUGCCUCUCGACUUCAACAUCCCGUAAGGAUAGUUUGAAUUGUCUUGUACAGUCAUAUAGGAAUUAGUAAUUGAACUUCCGACAUCGGUAAACACGCA